ACAGACAGCAUGGAUUGAAAUUAAUUUGAUUUCUUUUCAUGAGAAGGUGAGCAAAACCUUGGACAGAGGGGUGGUGGUGGACAUGGUGGACAUGGGCAGAUGGGUGGCGGUGGUAUACUUGGUCAGAGGGGUGGCGGUGGACGUAGUAUACAUGGACAGAGGGGAGGCGGUGAACAUGGUAUACUUGGACAGAGGGGUGGCGGUGGACAUGGUAUACUUGGACAGAGGGGUGGGGGUGCCGGUGGACAUGGUAUACUUGGACAGAGGGUUGGUGGUGGAUGGGAUAUACUUGGACAGUUCCCCACACACGGCUAAUGUGUAAGGUAAAGUCUACAAGAUUGGAAUAUUCUGUAUGUAAAUGGAUAG